UUCAUUAAAUUAUUGACCAUUCAAUCUCAUCUCACAAUGUAGUGGGGUGGUAUUUCUUCUGAAGAGCUUAAUGAAGCAUUGUUCGCUGAAACUGCACUUUUUGGUGAAAUUUCCAAUCACAGUUCGCACAAUAUUUCAUCCUUGCCUAAUCUGCAACAUCAUCCAGAACAAAAUGUGGAUCCGAAGGCACAAUGUCUGUCCACUUCUAUGUCACAAUUAUUAAAUGACUCUCGCUUGCUGAAACAACAACAGGAAUUGAGGAAGAUGCUUUACAAGAAAGAAGUUAGGCUUUCCAAAGAACCGCCGUUAUCUGAUGAAGUAAUUACUAUUGUUGUUUGAAUGCCAGUUGACAAACUAGAGCUUCUUUUUGAUUUCAUAGACAUUUGUGGAGCAUAGAAGCCUAGAACCUAUAGACUUGUGAGUGUCUCUUUCCUAUCCACUUCAUUUCUAGAUUGAACCUUCAUAUUGUUUUACUUCUAUGGCAUGAUUUAUGUCAUACCAUUUGAACACACUUUUUGAACACUCUUUCUUAUUGGUUGAAAUUUAUUGAAAAUUAUAAAAUUGCAUGGAUUUUACAUCUUAUUUAAUGAAUCUUUCUCAUGAUUUGUAGUUUUCAAUAGAUUUUAACCAAUAACAGAGAGUGUUGGGAGCAUGUCAAAAAGUGUGGUGCUGGCACUCCUCUUUUUGUCAAUAGUGUAGCUAAAGGUGUUUAACUUCAUGCUUAAAGUAUAUGAUUUAAACAACUUUCUCAGUGACUAUUGUUUCUUGAUGCAUGCCAUGAAUUAUGCUGGUUCCAAUUGAUGUGUAACUAAUACUUGGGAAUGCAUUAAACUUAUAGUAGUUUGAUAAUAUAUCCUAAAACUAAUUUAGUGAUUGUUAAGGUUUUUUAUGAAAACUGACAAAGGCUUAGAUGACUGCACUUAGUUUUUUUUAUCCUUGGGUUUAAGUAUGUAAUGCAUUUCCAUCGGAUACAAUUUUUGUAGUAUGGGGGUAAUUAUCUUGAUCAUUAAUUAUAUUUAACCAUCAUAUGCUAUCAUUGCUCCAAUAUUUUUUAACAGGUAAAGUCAUAACCGCGUCGUGCCUAUAGUAUUAACGAUUGCUCGUCAACCUUCAAUGAAGUAGGCCUUAGCAAAAACAAUGAAGCUUUAUUUCUAGAGUUGAUUUAGUUUCACCUAUUUUCCUUGUAGUGUCUUGAUCUUCUUUUUUUUCUCAACUUUUAGUAUCUUGAUCUGUACAAUAUAGAUUUGGACCCCAAAAAAACCUUUGAGAUGGUUGAUAAAAAAGAAAAAAGAAAAGUGGACAAUUGAUAUUCAUUGAAGACCAUGGAAGACAUCUUUUGGACAACAGAUCUUAUUACUUGUCAAGUAUUAUAUUUUGAAAUGAAAGAAUUGGGUAUUAGACAAACAUACAUGAUGGUUUGAUCGAGCUGAUUUUCUAAUUUCUACAUUAUUCAUGCAGAGUGAUAAAGAGUGAAAAGGUUUAUUUUUUAGAUUAGCGGGGAAAAAUUGGGUGGAUCAUUUGUAUCUUUUUUUUUUAUUUCUUAAAUUUAUUAAGUUGAAUCUUAGGGAUUAUAACAAGUUAAUUAAUCUCACUUUACAACCACUUGAAAAACAACACCCAAGUGAAUGACUUGGGAUUUUGUUGGAACCAAGGAUUCAAAUUUCACUAAGGUACGUAGUGUUUGGUUUGACGAGGCAUAAUAUCAAAGAACUGAAAUUGGCCACAUCUUUUUGUAUUGCAGCAAAGUUAAAAAGUAAGUUAAAGGAUGAAUCUAAUAUGUGUUAUGCAAGUAUGAGACGACAAUUUUUAAAUAAUAACAACAUAUAACAUAAUUAUAUGAUAUAUUUUUUUUUAUUUGGAUAAUCUUUAUAAUAGUAUGAAGUUUGUUAGUGGCAAGUGGAGAACAGUGCAAAGUGUUAGCAUAAGACAUAACAGUUUCUGUUGCGAAGUUAGUUAGCACUUACAGUUAACAGUUAACGGUUAGCACGAGUCCAACGACCCAUCACAAAGUUGAACUAUAAAUGAAAUUGUGGCUAGCGCGCAUAACCAUAACAAACAAACACUACACACUUUCACUGCAAAAAGUCAGAUCGACCAAAGAUGACGAUGGGGAUGACGCUGGAUCAGAAGAUGGAAUACUUCAUGCAAGUCACUGGAGAACCGCGAAACAUCGAGCCGAUCUAAAUAAAGCUCUUGAAGAUUCGCUCGAAAACCCAAGUCAAAAUGAGCAACAUGAUAAAAAAGAAAAAGAAAAGGACAUAACAGAGGCGGAAUUGUUGGCCGAAAGCAUGAGAUUGGCGGACUUUUUUGAUUUCGGCGAAGACACUGAGGGAUCUUCUUCGCCGCAGAAAUUGGCAUUUCCCAAAAUUCCUCCAAGUUAUUCUCCGCAAAAACAAAAAGCUAAGUUGGGCCUGCUUCCAAUUGCCUCGUCCUCAAAGGGCCCUGACGAACAAGAAGCUAGCGAUCCAUUAGCACGGCCUAAAAAACUUUCAAAUAUAGCCAUAAAUGCUUAUGAACAAGGGAACUACUUCGACCGACUUUGGAUGGAUUAUUCGGAUGCACCUAAUCCUAUUCAUAUUACUCUUCACAUACCGGGUGGUGGUUGCGUUGCACGUAUCUUUGUCAAAUCUGACACUCUUGAGGAUGUCUAUGGGUACUUACGCUUACUUGGAUUAGGAGAAUACGCGUCUGAAUCCUGUAGACUUGCAACGAAAUCCCCACGUCGUUGUUACAGUAUUGAAGAUGGCAGCUCAACCUUGGAUGAAUUAGGCCUUGGCAACGGUGGAGACUUGUAUCUGGAGAAGAAGAAAUAGGUCUGUACAUAUAGAUUUUUGGACCCAAAAACACAUUGAGACGGGUUUGAUAAAAAAAAGAAAAAAGGAAAAAAGUAAUCUUUGUGAUGGAUGAUAUUCAUUGAAGACAAUGGGAGGGCAUCUUUUUGUCUAUACAGAUCUCCUAGUUGUCAAUUAUACUUUGAAAUGAAAGAAUUUGCUAUUGGACAAACAUACAUGAUGAUUUGAUCAAA